AUGCUGAGGCUUCAACAAAUAAAUAGAACAAAUUACUACGCCUAUCGAAUGUUGUUAUGUGAAGAGAAAAAUAGAAUAAAUGUGUCUAUAAAUGAAUAUAAAGAUCUGAUACCAAAUAAUAAUAGUAAAACGUGUAAAAACAAAUAUAAAAAUUUUAAUAAUCUUCAUAAUAUUAUUCAAAGUGGCGUGUUAAAAAAUUAUAAAAAUGUUUAUUUUUAUAAGAAUUUGUUAAGAAUUGCUGAGAACAGAAAAAAUUAUCUUAGUUUACAUCAAAUAAAUAUAAUUUUAAAAUCACUAAUAAAAGCAAAGAUUUACAGAUAUUCCUUAUUUAAUUCUUUUGAAAUUCCUAUUUUAAAAUAUGUAAGUUCCUUAAGUAUAAUAAUCAAUAGUAUAAGUAACAAGGAUACCAAUGGUGGUAAUAUUACUAAUAAUAGUAACAUCAUCCAUAGUAGUUAUGAAAAUAAUUUUAAUUAUAAAAAUAAUAUAUAUAGGAAAUUACAUUUGAAUGAAGCAAAAUACAAAUUUAUUAAAAGUGAGAAUAAUAUACAUUUUUUGCACAUUAUUAUAUCUGAUCAGUUAACAAUUCUAGUUCAUAUUUUUAGAAGUUAUAUGGACAUCUUUAAUUUCCAUUUUUAUUAUUUAUAUGAAACAUUAUUCUUCUUUAUAACGAAAAACUAUCUAUACUUAAAUGAAAAGGAAAUUGUACGAGAUAUCUGGACUAUAUAUUUAACUAGAGUUUUGUGUAAUGGUACUGCGGUAAAUACAAAAAAUGAACCUAAAAAAACCCUUAAUAUUAUUCAGCAAAUUACUGUGCCGACUAAGAAUGUUGAUACCGUUACAACUAAUACCGCAAUUACUACCACUGCUAGUUGCAGUACAAGCGCAGUAAAAUAUAAAGGUUUUCAACGGACAAUGCUGUACAGACACAACUGCAAAUGUAACAUAUAUGUGAAAACAGUUUGUAAUUACGCUCUUGUUGUUUUAAAAAACGUUAAAAAGAAAAAUAAUAAAAGAAAAAAAGAACCUUAUUAUUACAACACCAUUUUUUGUAAAAAGAAUAUCCGUAGCAUUUGCAAAUAUGUAAUAAUGUUAAUUUUGAAAAAUGAAAAAUUGGCUAUAUAUUUUGAGAGAAAAAAAAAAAAAAAAAAAAAAAUGCUGACAAAAAAUAAAAAUGUAUUUAUAUCUAAUGGGUACAUGUAUAAAAUAAAAAAUUCAAAUAUAUUGUGUAGUUAUUUAUCAAUUAAAUACCUAAUUAAAGUUAAUUUUGUGGAUAAUCAUGUAUUCUUAAAAGAACGCUUUUUCCCGAAAGAAUUACUAAAUAAUAAUAUUUUUCUUCAAAACUUUUCUGAUUCUAUGUUGAAACUUAGUGUAAAAUCUACGCUAUUUAAUAGGUACAUUAAAAAAAUUAUGGCUUACCAUGAAUCUAGACAAUUUAGUGAUUGUUCCAAAUUUAGAAAAUUAUAA